UUUCGCGCACAAGAUGGCGGCGCCCAGCGAAGUAGAGGCCGCGCCGGGGGUUUGCUGAGGCUCGCUCCCUUCCCCACUGCCCCUUUGGGCGCAAAUCGCCGCGAGCGCAGAGGACGGGGGCCGGGCGGGGACAGGGGCACCUGCGUAGCUGGACUGCGAGCCUGCGCCCAGCCUGCGCCACCCCCACCCGGCCCCGGCCUGGCCCGAUCCCUUCCGUUCCCGGUCUCCUGGGUCUGACUCGUUGCCCGGCCGUGGUACGUCACCACCAGGCCUUCAAAGCUGAGGUUUCUCUUCCAGCCCGGGAUCACCUCCACUUUGGAAAUGUUUGGCCUCUUUCCUCCCAAACAGCCCGCCUUCAAAACCGGGACUCCUGGACCGGCACCUGGCUCCCUUUCCCUCACCUGAGACUCCACUUCCUUCCAACCCACUUCCUCAGAUUCUCCCUGGAUUGGAGCCUGCUCACUUCUCUUCCAAAUUAAUUCCUGAACUCCCCAAAUAUUGACAGUUCUGAGACCCCCCUCAACUGGGAGCCAGACUUCCUUUUGGAUUAACCUCCAUAGCACUAUCAUGGAAGCUGUGUAUUUGGUAGUGAAUGGGGUGGGCCUGUUGCUGGAUGUGCUGACCUUGGUGUUGGACCUCAACUUCCUGCUGGUGUCCUCCCUCCUGGCUUCCCUGGCCUGGCUCCUGGCCUUCAUCUACAACCUGCCACACACGGUACUGACUAGUCUUCUGCACUUGGGCCGCGGAGUCUUGUUUUCACUGCUGGCCUUGAUUGAAGCCGUGGUCCGGUUCACCUUUGGGGGCUUGCAGGCCUUGUGUACCAUACUAUACAGCUGCUAUUCUGGUCUGGAGAGCUUAAAGCUCCUGGGGCACCUGGCCUCUCAUGGGGCGCUUAGGAGCCGGGAGAUCCUGCACCGGGGCGUCCUCAAUAUGGUCUCCAAUGGCCAUGCUUUGCUGCGGCAGGCCUGUGACAUCUGUGCCAUUACCAUGAGCCUAGUGGCCUAUGUGAUCAAUAGCCUGGUCAACAUCUGCCUUAUUGGCACUCAGAACCUCUUCUCCCUGGUGCUGGCCCUAUGGGAUGCAGUGAUGGGGCCGCUGUGGAGAAUGACGGAUGUGGUGGCUGCCUUCCUAGCCCACAUUUCCAGCAGUGCUGUGGCCAUGUCCAUUCUCCUCUGGACCCCCUGCCAGCUAGUACUGGAGCUCCUGGCCUCAGCUGCCCGCCUCCUGGCCAGCUUUGUGCUUGUCAAUCUCACUGGCCUAGCGCUGCUGGCUUGUGUGCUGGCACUGACGGUGAUUGUGUUGCACCCGGACCUCACCCUGAGGCUGGCCACCCGGGUGCUCAGUCAGCUCCACGCCCGGCCAUCCUACCACCGACUCAGAGAGGAUGUUGUACGGCUGUCUCGUCUAGCACUGGGCCUGGAGGCCUGGCGCCACAUCUGGAGCCGAAGCCUGCAGCUGGCGAGCUGGCCAAACCGGGGAGGGGCACCUGGGGCCCCCCAGGGUGGCCCUAGGAGGGUGCCCUCAGCCAGGACCUGGCGACAGGACACUUUUCCUGAAGCAGGGCCCAGAUCAGAGGCAGAAGAGGAGGCAGUCAGGAUGGCCAGGGUGACAGCUGCCCGAGGCCGGGAGAGGCUCAAUGUGGAGGAGCCUGUAGCUGGGCAAGACCCAUGGAAGUUGCUGAAGGAGCAAGAGGAGCGGAAGAAGUGCGUCAUCUGCCAGGACCAGAGCAAGACGGUGCUGCUUCUGCCUUGUCGGCACCUGUGCCUGUGCCAGGCCUGCACCGAAAUCCUAAUGCGCCACCCUGUCUACCACCGCAACUGCCCACUCUGUCGCCGGGGCAUUCUGCAGACCCUCAACGUCUACCUCUGAAGGCUCCCUCCCUGUCUGCCCACCCCUCCACGCUCCACGCAGCCACCUGCGCGAGGACAGCAUUAACACCCGAUCUCUGGGUCCCAGACUGAAUCCCCUCCUGCCCUCUGCCGAACCUGAAGCCAUACAUCCAGGUCACUGAGAUGGGAAACCCUGGAAGACUGUGACUUGGAUGGGGGCAGGGUAACAGCUUUUCCUUACCUGGCGGGUCCCCGUGAUGCUGAGUGUGGUGAGUGUGUCUCACCACUCAGUGUGAGACUCUGGACUCCCCUUCAGCUUGCCAGGGCCUAGCCAGAUGCAAGUGUCUGGGGCUCCUCUUCUCUGCUUUUGGUGUUUCUGUUGGGGAUUUGUAGGUUCUCUCCCUACUCCCUCCUCACUUCCUCCCCAGCUUCUGCAGCCAUACGUAUCAGUGUCAUUUGCGUGUUUUGGCAACCCUAAGGCCUUGGAAUGAUCUUGAACGUUUGCUUCUAGCUGGAGCCGCUGUGCCCUGGCAGGCUUUGGGGGGUAGUAUCUUAGGUGCCCUUAAAGCUACCACUUGUAGCUGUCAUGAUCUUAUGAGGCCCCCUCCCAACCUGAUCCAACAGCUGGGAUCAAGAGUUAACCCCCGGGGAUGUGUGUGUGUGUUUGCACCUGGCUUUGGGACCAUGUACCCUCUGGCACCCCAGCACUACUGGGAGCCUCAGGAGGGAUAGCAGAUUUCUACUCAUAUCCCCUUCACUCCGCACAUCACAGAGAAAAGUGGUGUUCUACUUCUGUUAGUCUCUCCUUGGCACUGGGGAAGGCAGACUGCACAUUGCACUAGGGUCCAAAAACAGAAGGGGCCAGGGUGCAGCUUCCUAAGGGGUCUGUCUGGCCCAGGUUCCAGGGAAUAAAGUCCUGUUACAGCUC